AUGGACGAAAUCGCGCUAUUGCAAAAGUUAUUUUUGAGUUGGGUGAUUGGGAUUUGGGCAGCAGUGAUUAUUGGGAUGAGUGCCAUUCCUGUAUUAGCAGAAGAUGUUUCAGUUAAAUUAAGUUAUGAAAAUGAUGCAAGUGAGGCUAGCCUAACUGGCUUACGUAAAAUUGAGGAUGGGUCUGUGGUAUCAAAUUUACAUACAUCAAAAUGGAGAGUUUUUACAGAUAAUGGAAGAGAUUUAUUUUUGCAGGGAAAACUGGAGGAAGCUGAAUGCUUCUUUUUAUCCGCGUUACAAGAAGCUAAAGAAGGGUUUGGUGAAAAGGAUCCUCAUAUUGCAUCUGCAUACAACAAUCUGGCAGAGUUGUAUAGAGUUAAAAAGGCGUUUGAUAAAGCGGAACCAUUAUAUUUGGAGGCCAUUAAUAUACUUGAGGAGUCAUUUGGAUUGGAUGACAUACGUGUUGGGGCUGCCCUUCACAACCUAGGUCAAUUCUAUCUUGUACAGCGGAAAUUGGAAGAAGCUCGUAAUUGCUAUCAGGCCAUCUUCAUAUGCAAUGUGCAAAAGCUGAUAUUUUCUAUGCGGCCUGAUAAUAUUGUUGUUUUUGUGGUCGCUUUUUUUCCGCAAUAUUUUGGACAGCGUGCUCUAAAGGGAAAAGAGAAGGAUUCUGAAGCCCUCAUUCAGGAUUCUAUUUGGAUACUUGAGCAAGGUGGGCUUGGAGAAUCUAUGAUAUGCAUUCGGAGACUGCGGUAUCUUGCUCAGAUUUAUGUAAAGUCCAAUCGACCUGCAGAUGCUGAGAAUGUACAGAGAAAGAUUCUGCGUAUGAUGGAAUUAUCAAAGGGAUGGAAUUCAUUGGACACUGUAAUUGCAGCUGAGGGCCUUGCCCUGACCCUUCAGUCGGUGGGGAGCUUGAGGGAAGCACAAGAGCUCCUAGAAAGAUGCCUUGAUGCCCGAGAAACCUUACUUCCGAAAGACCAUAUCCAGAUUGCUGCUAACAUGCUACACAUUGCCAGAGUGGAAAUGCUCAUUUCCAGUCAACAGAGGAAGACAAAUAUUGCUAGAGCGAUUGUUCAUCUUGACAAGUCAAAAGAUCUGUUAGACAAUGCGAUAAGGUCUGAGUUAUUCUCUGGGAGCUUCUUUGGGUCCUGUUCUGGACCCAACCAAGCACUCAAGCACCAGAUUGUGUGCACUAAAAUGCAGCUUUUUAAGGAUUCCAAGCAUUUUCUCCAUGACAGGAUAGCUCAACAGGUUUUGGAUAAAAUGACACAGCAAAAAGGGAAUCAGCAAUCCAUUGGGGUAUCCAGAGAGAUGAGAAAAGCUGGGCAUACAGCUUUAGUUAUACUGCUGCAAUCACUUAAUGCUCUUGGGCAAUUGGAAAUCAGUAAGGCGGAACUGCAGGAUUCAAAGGAGAAAAAUACACCAGUUCUUGACCCUGAGGAAGCUUUUCAUCAGUGCAUUUUGGCUUUCAAAGAGUUUGCAAGUGAGAGAUCAUUGUCCGAUUCUCCUGAAGUGAAGUUUGAAUAUCUAUCGUGUCUGAAGCAUCUUUCUAGUCUGAUGAGUACCAAGGGGAUGGAUCAAGGUAGAAGUGGCACUUUGCAAAUGUUGAAAGAUGAAAUCAAGCGUGUUGAACUCGAACUCUCACCUGAUAAAAUGCGUAAAAAUUGA